UGAUCCGGAAGUUAUUUAGGUAACCUUGGGAAUUCUUCCGGGAUUUCUUUAUCAACAUGGCUGCUUCGUAAAGCAAAUUGUAUGUUUCCUUUAACCUCAUGCACGCAUUUUAUUGAUAGUUGUAGGUAAAUAUUUUCACUUAAACUAUUAGAGUAAGCAGUCGAUUGUCAGUCAGUAUGUUUCAAGUUAUUACCAGAAGUACCCCGGUAAUCCGGCUUCUCGCCCCCCGUGGAGCCGUGCUUGUGGAGGCUGUCCGGGGUAGGAAGACCCGCACCGACCCAAAGGCCAAAUCCAAAGAGGGGCGCAUCAAAACGCCACCUCCCGUCGACCCGGUGGAGAUGGUGGUCCUCAGGGAGAGAUUCACAGAAUAUGACCUGAUCAUGAGAGCGCUGAGGCUGGAGUUCAAGGAGGAGAUGCUGAGGAAGAGGUAUGAAGAGGAGGUGGGCUCCCUGGCGGAGGAGAGGGCGAAGCAGGAGGCGGAGGAGCACCGCUCCCUCAUGACCUGGAACCAGGAGGAGAAUCUCCGCAUGCUCAAGAUCAGGGAACUGAGAGUUCAGAAAGAGGUGGAAGCUGCUGAGGUCAAGAAGACAGAGGCAGCCAUUCUGCGAGAGCAGGCCAUGGAAAGCUUUGUUAAAGAGAAGGGAGAGGAGAUAAUGCGGAUUCAGGAGGAGGCCAAGAGCUUCAUCAACCUGGAGAACCUGGACCAGCGUAUUGAGGAAGCCCUGGACAACCCUAAAAACUAUAACUUUGCCAUCGACAAAGAUGGCCGCGUGGUGAAGAGGACUGUGCUGCAGUGAGAGAGACUGAGGAUGGACUGGAAGUGUAGAGUGAAGUUGCCCCUAGACUCUGAUCUGGAUUCAGUUUAUCCUUUUCCCCCCUUACUAUGGUUCAGGUUAGGAUUGUGGGAAUGGAAGCUGAUUCUGGAUCUAUACCUCGGAGCCUUUGCCAGAGGCCUCAGAGGAGACAAGAUAGUGAGCUCGUUUGACAUUGUAUGCGGGUCACGACUGACUGAUCUACAAAUCACCUUGCAUCAUAAAUAACUAUUCACUAUUAUUUGUAGAUCAGUCAGUCCGUCACAAUGCAUCACACAAUGCUCUGGAACACGGGCAGCGUGGCCAUUUCUCAUUUCAUAAAUAACUAUUAAUGCAUCACACAAUGCUCUGGAACACGGGCAGCGUGGCCAUUUCUCAUUUGGGAAAAAGUCCUCCACCCACCCUCUCUUCUCUGUGACCCCGGAAACCGUUGAGAUAUUGAGAUGUCGAUUUGUUAGUAGGCGAACAGAAGAGGCCUCCUCCCCUCCUCGAUAGCCACUUUUCAUUGAUUAUAGGCAUGUGUAGCCUACCGGAGUCCUUCACUGAACAGUUGUGAUAUCUGCCCACUUGGAAACAGCUGUUGUUUUGGCAGCGGAGAAAAGCAUGAACACGUUUAAAAACAAUAUGCUCCUUUAUCUAGAACAUGUCUUGCUCAACCAUGAUGUGGUUAGCUGGGGUGUAGUCAUUUGGUUGGGGGGGGGGUGGAAUCGAUAGUUACGUAUCGCAAUGUUAUUUUUGACGAUAUGCCUGGUGAGGAUUAUAACAGAACAUGGCCAAGAUGUUCAAAUGUUCAUAAAUGUCCAGCAUGGUCAAAUAAUAAUAAUCACAGGCACACACUCUGUGUGUGAUGAACAGUUUCCUGGCACAAUUACCCAUGUUUCCGCCCAGUUUGGUUAUGGGGGGGGGGGGGAUUUACAGGUCAUGAAAGUGCUGUACAACUUCAAUCUAUGGACUUCUCAUCUGUCAAGGUCACUAUGAAAAUGUCAUGUAAUAAAUCAAUAUCCUGAUUGAUCCUCUCUA